AUGCCAUAGAAUUAAUGUAAAUAGGUAUCACACAAUUUUAUUAGGCAAAAUGGAAUUCCUUUCUAGUCAGGAUUUAAGAGCUAAGAUUUUUGCUUAUGAGAAAAUAAAAUAUGGUUGUGAAUAUAUUAUCAAAUAUGAAGAACAACUUAAAUCUAAAAUGUCACAAUCUUAAUUAAAAUUAGAUAUUGAAGACUAUAAAAAUUAAUUCAAUAAAUUUAAUUAGUUAUAAUUCAUUUAAAAUUUUAAUGCAACAAAUGAAAUUGGUGAUUUUAUUAAAUUAGGUAUUUAAACUAAAUGACAAAAGAUUGCAUUUAAGUAAAUGAAAAACCAAAUGUUAGAGAUGAUUCUAUAUUAAUAGUUGAAUCUAUUAGAAGUAUACUAAAAGAAGUAGCUCUUCCAUUUAAAUUUCCUUAAUUAUUUGCAAACAGUUAUCAUAUAUUUGAUAAAAUUCUUCUAUAUGGAGUAAAAAUUAUCAUUAUCUAAGCCUCCUAAUUCUGGCAAAAAAUAUUUAGUUGAAUAUUGUGCUUCAAUUACUAACUCAACAUUUAUAAAUUUAUCAAUAUCGUAAUUAAUAAAAAAGUAGUUUGAUAAACCUAUUGGAUAUUUUUAAUAGAUUUUUAAUUAUGCUUUAAAGAUGUAACCCUGUAUAAUUUUACUCUAAGACCUCGAUUAAUUAAGAAACUAAAAUUUAAGUAUUAAUAGAAAUAAUAUGAAUAUCAUAACUGAGUUAUUAAUAGUAUUAGAUAAAUUAAAAUCAGCUGCUUUUCCAUAAUUUUAAGUCAUUGGAAUAACGAGUUAUCCUUGGAAAUUAGAACCUUCAGUCAGAAGAAGGUAAUAUUUUUUGAUAAAAAAAUUAGAUUCUCUAAAAGAAUCUAUAUACCAUUUCCAAAUAAUGAAUAAAUAUAAGAAUUUUUAAAAUAAAAGUUUUCAAACAUGAAAAAUAAUCUAACUUUGGUGUAGUUUGAAAAACUAGCAAAUUUAUUAGAAGGAUACACAAGUUGUGAUAUUUUCAAUAUUCUUUAAUAAGCUUAUGAGAAUGUUGAGAAUGAUAGGAAAUAAGAAAUGAAAAUAUAAUAACAAUACUAAGAACCUAUCUUAAAAAAUGUAAAAUUGAUUGUAAUUUAGGUUGAUAUUCUUGAUGUACUUAAAAAAUAUAAAUAAACGACUUCUUAAGAUUAUAUAAAAAAAUGUCUAGAUUGGAAAGCAACGUUUGAUUGAAAUAAAUAUUCAAUAUCAAUUUUAUUCUUAAUAUGCUUUAAUUAAAACUAAUGUAAGUUUCCUUAUUACUCAUUAAAUUGUUCACAAUAACUUAGAUCAGAGUAAAUUCCGAAUACUAAAAUUACAGUGGGCAGAAAGAGCUGGAUUUAUUUUUAUUAUAGAGUUGAAUAGGCUGAAUAUUAGGUAAUUAAUAAUUUUCUAAAUAGUUAUUAAUAGAAAAUGGCAAAUCAGAUGUUGGAGUGUCAUUGGUUCCUUUUAAUAUUUCUCAUUCUACAAAGCUACCUUCUUUUAAUUCUUACUUUAAUUUGAUACCUUAAGAAUACAUCUAUCAAGUGAAAUUAAAACGAUAAGGAAAUGAAUCUGAAUCAGUGCUAAUAAUUGGUUUCUAUAAUUUUAAUCAAACAUCAGAGGCAGAAAUCAACUUAUCCUUAGAGGAAAUAAUUACUGAAGAUGUUUUCCCAAUUUGGGGGAUUAUGGUUAUAAUUGGAGUAAUAGUUUUAGCAAUUUUGAUUAUAAUUUACUUGGCGAUCCAAUUUAGAAGAUAAUUAAAAGUGCUUUCUCUAGAUAUUCCAGAGAUUGGUAUAGAAAUUUUAGAUAAAUAUAUGCCAUCUAAAAAGGCUUAAGUGGAAAUGCUGAAUGACUUUUGUUGUAUCUGUCUUGUAAAUUAUGAAGAAAAUGAUAUUGUGAGAGAAACUCCUUGUAAUCAUACUUUUCAUGAUAAAUGUAUAAUUGAAUGGUAAAUUAUCUUAAAAUAUAUGUUAAGGUUUAAAAAGAAUAAAAAUUGCCCAUAUUGUAGAUUGAACUUUACUGAAGAGGAGUUUUAAAGAUUAAUGAUUUAAAAAUAAACAGAUACAAGUCCAGAAAAUAAAAAAAAUUAAAACUCUAAUUUUAUUUAAAGAGUUACAAGUUUAAAAAUUAUUUAAACAACAUCUCUGUAAUAAAGAAGAAAUCUAGAAGAUUCAAGUUCUUAAUUAAAUUAAUUACAAGAAGUUCCAUAAUAAAAUUUUGUUUAACCAUUUAAUAUUUUUGAUUAACUUGAUUAAAAUUGA